UAAUCUUUUACAAAGAAACUAUCUUGUAGGUUUUGGAGAGGCUGAAAAUCCUCAAUCUUAGUCAUUCCAAGUAUUUGACAAAAACUCCUGACUUUUCAGGACUACCAAGUCUUGAAAAGCUCAUUCUCAAAGAUUGACCAAGGUUGCGCAAGGUACACCAAUCCAUUGGAGAUCUCCACAAUCUACUUUUGAUAAAUUUGAAGGACUGUUAAAGCCUUAGCAAUCUCCCAAGAGUGAUAUAUAAAUUGAAAUCUGUGGAAACUCUUAUCCUAUCUGGUUGUUUGAAUAUUGACAAAUUGGAAGAAGAUAUAGUGCAGAUGGAAUCCUUGACAACUCUAAUUUCCGACAAUACUGCUGUGAAACAAGUGCCCUUUUCAAUAGUAAGCUCAAAAAGCAUUGGAUAUAUAUCCCUAUGUGGAUUUAAAGGAUUGUCACAUGAUGUUUUUCCUUCUAUCAUUCUGUCUUGGAUGUCUCCGACAAUGAAUCCUCUAUCUCGUAUUCGUUCGUUUUCUGGUACUUCAUCAUCGCUAGUUUCCAUGCAUCUGCAGAAUAAUGAUUUGGGUGAUCUAGCACCAAUGCUUAGCAGAAUUUCAAACCUUCGAAGUGUUUGGAUGCAAUGUGACACGGAGUUCCAGUUACGUAAACAAGUAAAUGCAAUUAUGAAUUUCGGUUAUGGUGUUAAUUUUACAGUAUUAGAAAAUUCAAAGAAUUACAGGUCUUAUUUUAUUGGAAUUGGAAGAUACCAAGUCUUCAAUACUCUCACCGAUGAUAGCAUAUCUGAGGAAAUGGGAACCAUUGAGGCUUGGCGGGAUGUUUUGCUCCCAGGUGACAAUCAUCCUUAUUGGUUGACCCAUACAGGUGAGGGACAUUCAGUGUGUUUUACUGUGCCUGAGGAUUGUCCCUUGAAGGGAAUGGCUUUGUGUGUUGGUUAUUCAUCAACCCCUAAAAUCAUGGCAACCAAAUUUCUUAUUAGUGUCGUAAUGGUUAAUUACACAAAGUGCACCAUCCAGAUAUUCAAGCGAGACACAGUAAUUUCCUUUAAUUAUGAAGAUUGGCAGGGCAUAGUAUCACAUUUUGGACCUGGAGACAAGGUGAAGAUUUUUGUGCUUUUUGAUCAUGGAUUAGUUGUCAAGAAGACAGCUGUCUAUCUAGCGUGUGAUAAAUCAAUUGGCAAGGAAAUGAAGCCUUCUGCCAACAAAAAGUUCGGAUAUAUGUGGUUAAUAGUAGCGGGAGCGGGAAUACUGGUAGGUUUAAUAAUGAUUUGGUUGCUGGUUGACCCAAGGGAAAUGAAGCCUUCUGCCAAAAAGUUCGGAAAUAUAGUAGUGGCAGUACUGGUCGGUUUAGUAGUGAGUUGGUUGCACUAUAUUGCGUAUUAA